GCAUGGCUUUGGCUUUUUGUUGCAGUCUGCAAUGAAUGCCAUGUGGUUGCAUAGACUCAGAUCAACGAGCAGCUUAUCUUGCUCGUUUUAGGUAUUUAUCAUGGGAAACCGGCUGGCGGCCUUCGUUAGCAAGCCCAUCAGGGAUUUUAAUAUCGAAAACCGCGUAGACAAGGUUAUCACCGUCGGAAAACCCAAGGCGGCGCCUCGCCAUCCGAGCGACGCCAAGCACGAACCGGAGACGGCGCUUACCGACGCGAGCAAGGUGCUAGAAAAACGGGAGGACCUUUUGGAGCGUUUGAAAAGCGUGAAGGUGGUCUCGUCAGAUCGGGACUCGCAGGUGCAACAAAGUGCGCCACCCGGGUCGGGUCGGCCACUGCCGCAGAGCCGAGCAGUGCCGCAGCAGCACAAGUACGGCUUCUUCGAGCCGAGCGUGGUUCCACGGGGACGACUGACGCUGCGUCAGGCUACGCAGCUGCUGGCCGACGUGAAGAAUGACCCGGACACAUUCACUCCCGUGGCUUUGGCUGCGCAGUACAGCCUCGACGAAAAGGAUGUGCACAAUGUGCUGCGCUACUUCAGCGUCUUCCGCAUGCACUCAGUGCAGCCUGCCAAGCUCGGCGACCUGACCGCCAUCGACACCAUGAAAGACGCGCUACUUCCGACUAAGCAAGACCCAGCGGACAGCAAGGAUGAGGAGAAGAUUGUGAAAGAAAGUGAACAGACAGUUGGUGCACAAGACAGUAGGACACCUGGCACUAAGAAGUGAUAGGUGGAGCUGAAACAGAAGUUGAAUGUAGGACAUGGUGAAUGUGUGUGCAUACGAAUGGUGUGGCAAGGGGAGGCGCGAGUGGAACGUGCAGAAUGUGAACAAUGCAACAACUGUAGAAUCGGCAGGCCAGGCUUGUGAAAUGUGAACAUCCAAGACCGGCACAAGAACUAACAGAACCGCUAAGGUGACGAGCAGUGCAAAUUGAAUGAUAAUGAAAGAAUGCUUCUAAGCUGGAAGAUGUAUCGAGGGUCCUGUCUCCGCAUCUGUGCACUGGAAAUGUUGUAGAUAGCUAGAACUUGGUAACUAUUGUCAACCAUUGUAGUUGAUGGUAGCCAGCAGAUGUGGCCCACUAAGUCCAGCGCUACAAAGAAUAGCGAAAUCUUCUGAUCUGGCAACUGGCUGGCCUCAAGAACGUGUUUGUACUCUUUGUUCUUGACAGGCACAUCUGCAGCUGUCAAACAUUCUGUGGCACCACGCAGCAAAGUUACGAGCGGGUAAAUGCACUUCAAGAAACAUAAACCAUCGAAGGGACGAGACAGACAUAGCGCAUACUUUCAACUGGUUCAUCUGCAUGUGCAAAAAGUGCACCUGCACUGCCCAAUUUGAUAGCUGUACUGUGCUAGCUUGCAGUUGCAAUCAAUGGGCAAGGCUUAUUAUCCAAAGAUGAUAUUGGAAUAAAAAGGACGAUGGGGGGGGGUAUCAAGGUAGCAUCCAUGACAUUCAUAUAAAGGAGCUUUGCUUUUUGGAUGCCACAUGAUUCAGUCAUAUUGUAUGUGCAUACAUAUUUGAUGACAGCGUUCCAAAUAAACCAGUUGAAAGUAUGUGAUACGAGUGUAUUAUCCUUUUUUUCUCCCGUGUCUGUCAACAGCAUUUACAUGCUCGUAAUGCUCAACCAACGUACCCAACUAGCUGUAUUGAUUACCAAAGUUGUUUGGCCAUUUGAGUAAGGGCUAGUGCCCUUCAUGCUGUCAACAUGAGCCAAACCUUAGCGGUGACAAUGUUAGGCAGUACUUUGUACUACUAGUAUAUACCAAGUGUGAAUACUCUUCAUGCUGACUUCUAGGCUUGUAAAAAAAAAAAGCUCGUAGCACUCUUGCAUAUCACUUGUACACUAACUGGAACUGGGUAAGAGCACAAGAAAAACAGGUGACCACAUUGAAGUAUAUUAAAUGGGGCAAACAAACAAUAUCAGCUCCCCUACAAAAGCCGCAUUUACAGUGAAAUAAAAUUGCACCCACUGGU